UUAGUUUGAUGAAGUAUGGAAAUAUUAAAUGAAUGGUUAAAAUAUGUACUUCUAUUAAUUGUACUUAAUGUACAUUAUUAUAGAUGUACGAAAAGUAAAGAAUUCCGCGCUAUAAGAACAACAAAAUAUAGGGUCUUUUCUGGCCCCACAAGAAGUAUUUGCAUGCAAAUUGAUAAUACAUUGAAAGCUAGACACAAAUCAUGUUUUCUACGACCAGAUACAGGACCAUGCAGAGCGGAUUUAAUACAAUGGUAUUAUGAUGUAAAGCAAAGCAGAUGCUUCCGGUUCUUCUGGGGUGGUUGUCAGGGCAAUGGAAACAGAUUUGAAACUCACGAAGAUUGCAAAGACUAUUGUAAACUGAAUCUCACAGAACACACAGCAAAUAUUCCAUUUUUUUGCUCAGUUUUGUUUGACUAUGGAACUUGCUUUGGGCAUUACUUCCGCUGGGGUUGGGAUAAGCUGACAAAAACUUGCAAGCGGUACUUGUACUCAGGCUGUGGGGGCAAUCAGAAUAACUUUCAAACUCGCGAUGAAUGCUUCAAGACAUGCCUAAUUCCACCGAGCAACUCAUUGAAAGAAAUGAGAACAUUCACUACUUGUAUCCCGGUUAAUUACAUACCAGCAAGAUUCCCAACAUUUUAAAGACUUAGUUAUUGUUAUAAAUUAUAUUUUUUACUAAGCAUCAAUAUUGUUGUUAUUCUCUAUGUAGUUCUUAUGUACCCUUACGGCAACUCCAACAACUUUAUAAGCAAAAAUUAAUAUAAAUGUGAUCAUUUCAUUACUUUAUUUAGUCUUGCUUUUGUGGCACAAAGUUAAGUUAAUCAGAACAAGCAAAGACAGCUCUUCAGGUAUCUCCGGAAAGAUACAAUGAAUAUCAAUGAAAUCUGGCAGAGAUGUAGUCUGGAAGAACACAUGGGCUAGUAAUAAGGAUUUUUUUAUUGCCGCGCAGACGUAGUCGCGGGCGACACCUAGUGCUCUAUACAUAUAAAGGAUUUUUGAAAUAAUGGCAAUGUAGAAAUAUUUACGAAUCCUCUUACAGCUUCUCUGUUUUUAUGAUUAGUUUUUAAUGUUUUAUGGUUCGAUGGUAAAUAGAGAAUUUAAUAUUUCGAUUUCAAGUAUUUAAUAUAUAAAAUUUCACAACAAUUUUAUAGUAUGUCGUUAGAAAAAAUCUAAUAUGCAGUAAAAUUUACUUCACUUUGUUAUUCUACAAGGAGAUCUUGGUUAAAUAAAAGUGAACGCAAUAAAAAUGAAAAAAGUUCCCAUUUUAAUAUAUUUUUUUAUCGCAAUCCUUAUUUUUGUUCACUUUGUUAAUGCUGAGGAACAUAAGAAAAAGAAAUCUCGUAGCGUGAUGGGAAUUUUCAGAGAAAAAAUG